UACUACAAAUCCCAGCAUGUAUUGCCAGCCCAUAAAUCUACAGAAGCUGGAGAGCCAGAGGUUCCGCGUAAUCCCGGCGUGGAUUGCCUUCCUGUGGUUGCCGGGGUGGGUGGCGGUUACCGGCGGGACUAGCGCCCCUUCCCCUGCACGUGCGGCGCCUGCUGCCGGCUCGAGGCCCGCGGCAGGAUCCGGGGAGUGUGUGGGGGGAUGUGUGUGUGUGUGUGUGUAACGGUUCCAUUGAUCGGUAGGAACGGGGCGUAGCGCAGGGCAGAGAACCCGGGGAGAUGAGAGUGGUGGUCGGCUGUAAUAAGGCCUGCAGCGGCGGACAGCCUCAUUGCUACAGUACAUCGCAUCACCGUGAGCGAUCGCUAUACGCACGCUGCGAGGUGCCAGCGAUUUGGUUGCGUAGCCUAUAAGCAGCACAUCAUCUAAUUAGCAUUGGGCACUCUAGAUCCAUCUGAAUUGUAUUUUCUCAUCACAGGAGGCGAUACAUAUGAUAUAGUACAGUCAGAUCCAUUGGGAGGCAUGGUACAGUGCAUAUUGCAAAAAUUAAAUAAUACUUUAGAGAUCUAGCAGGUUCCAAACAUUAUCUGUGUGCAGACAGCAGGAGUCAGAGCCUGUUCCCUCUCAUUGUAACUAUCCUGCAGCUUAUCUAUCUCUCAUCUCAUGGAUGUAGCAGAGUCUCUUAUGUCUACACCCAUCAACCCCAAUAAUUUCCCGGCCAAGCUGUGGCACUUAGUGAAUAGCCCUCACUACCAGUCCAUCUGCUGGGACUCCAGCGGAGAAGGGGUCAUCGUUGAUAAACCUUUAUUCGAGUCUGAGCUGCUGCGCCCUUCAGACCCAACAAACGAGGCCAGUGACUGGUUUAAGACUACCAACUUCAGCAGCUUUAUCCGCCAGCUCAAUCUCUACGGCUUCAGGAAAGUGGUGCCGGUAUCCGCGGAGAGCCCCAACUCCCGUCAUCCGGGAGGGGACAUUGGAGCCGGAGAUGGCCACCUCCAUCAUUUCUACAGCGCUUACUUCCGCAAGGAACACCCAGAACUACUGGUCAAUUUGAAGAGAAUGACCAGCUCUAACAAAGCCAAAAUGGCUGCUGGCCUCAAAGUCAACUCAAGACUGCCAAACCGCUUCCAACGACUGCUUACCGACUCAUUGGUAGACCAGAGUAAUAUUGGUCCAAUGAGCAUUGAACAGGAUCACCGUAUUUUUAGACGUGACAGUCAUUCACCAUACUUUUAUGGUAGUCCAGCAUCAUGCAGUCAUAUUGGAUUUCCUUUAAAAGAGCUAGAUCGUACUCCAACCCCUCCAAGGCAAUGGCCAAGCUCUAUUGGUAUGCUCCAAGGACAGUUAGACUCGCAGUCAUCUUUCCCGGGAAAUAACAUCAUAUUCCCUGUCCUGCAACGUUUCCCAACAGAUGUCAAGUACACACUGUCAGCCGUUCCUACUUCAAGUCACUCUGCCAUGUCAGGUGCAUUGCAGCAAUAUGGUAGCUAUGUCCCACCCACAGCACAGUACUCACACCCAUACUAUCCAACAGCUGUCCUCCCGUGCUGCACAUCACAAGCUCACAUGGAAUGUUUGGUCAGCUGCUCCGGUUCUGCUUUGCCCUCAUACCAGCAUUGUAGCUAUUUUCAGAGCCCUCCUCCAAUGCAGUCUUCCUUCCCUAUGGAGGUGUUCCUUCGAAACUGGCCAUCUAGUGAUUCCGAUGAGUCCAAAAAAGAAGAGAUGAAUUUGGAGUCUGUUUUUCAGUUUGUGGAUGAGCUGCAAUCUUCCCCCCUACUGGAAAUGGUGAAGCUAGAUGCUGAAGAAGAUCAAAUACAGUCAUCGCCUUUACAAAAUCAGAGUGCAACAGUGACACUUUUCCCAGAGAACGAUGACAGUUCUAGUGGUCAGACUAAUCACUUGGAAUCCUUGGAGCCUGUAAAUACGGGUCUUACCCCCUAUGACUUGGGGUCCAACCAGUCCAUUGCUUGCCAUGUGCCCCAAGCUUCAAACAAUCCCACUGCAGAUGACAUGGAUACUUCCUCCAAUGUAUCAGAUAAAACCCUGGCUAUUGAGCAAAUGAAAUUGCUAGUUUCUGAUGUUCCUUCUGUGACUAAAUUAGUGCAACAGGAAGACUUGGCAGAAACAAGAGGAGUGUCAAAAGUGAACAAGCCUUCCGAUCUCAGUCUCCUAGUAGAUGUAGUAUGCAGACAGGGGCAAUUCACAAAGGAAGAAGAGUUAGGAGAGAGUAAGACAUGAAGCCGUACUGUACUGUUACCUACAGUAUAAGACAGUUAAAGUUGUAAUUGAUUUGAAUUGCGUUUCUGGGACAUGUGUUUGCUUUGGUUUUUUUCCUCCUCGUUCAAGUAUUCAUAGAAAUAAACUGUACAACAUA